AUGUCCACUGCAGCCACACGGCGCUUGCACCGUGAGUUGCAACUGGUGCAACGGGAACCCAGCUGGGGGGUCUCCGCAGCCCCUCUGUCGGAGGACCUUUACACGUGGCAUUGCAAUGUGGCAGGCCAGCCACCAGCAGGUGGUGCACCGGUGAUUCUUCACCUAGAGCUAACCUUCAGCGCAGAAUAUCCUGUACGACCUCCCCGGGUGGAAGUGCUUGGAAGUACCGUCACGCAUCCCAAUGUAUUUUCAACCUUCAUUUGCUUGGACAUGCUGGAGGGAGGGGAGUGGGCAUCAGAUGAAGAGAAACGCCGGCCAUAUAUGGGUUGGAGCUCGGCAUACAGUAUCCUGGCGAUCCUUCGGCAGCUGCAAACCUUCUUCUUUGAGGGGGAUGGCACUCAGUGGUGGAAGUGUCAACUCUGUACCCUCCACAAUCCCAUGAAGAACAAACGCUGCGAAGCCUGCGACACCACACGUGGUGCCCGCGAUGCCAUUGGCAUCAAUGUGGAGCACACUCCACAUUUCCAAUGCCGCUGCGGACACCAACCAUGUGGUCCCCACUGGCCACCUUUUCCUCAAAGUGUGGAAUGUGAUGAUGCCCCAGUCGCCAACGUUUUGCCUGAGGCAUGCCUCGAGAACUCGUGCGUUAUUUGCCUUGGGCACUUGGACGAUGAUGCGCGCGGUGCGCUGAAAGGAGCACCAGCAGCGCGACCGUUGGCACAAUUAGUGGACCGAGAGGGGCAGUUGACCUGCAAGCAUUUCUUUCAUUUGCCUUGCGCCCAGCAGCUCAAGUCCAACUUUUGCCCUCUGUGCCGCUCACCUUUCGCACGGGUGGCUGCUUUGCCAGACCAGCAGACGGUCAGACGAGCAGCGAAGAGCGAACUGAGUCCCGAACCUUUGUGCCAAAAAGCUUUGGAACAAAUGGCACGCUUCGCGGGCUGGCCCUUGGGAAUAGUGAUUCAGUUGAUGUCCUUUCUCCGGCGUCACGAACGUGUUUGCCUCUCCUUCGCCGUCCCUGCUUGGCAGGAAGCCGCCGCAGCCCCGCUGUUUUGGGAGGCGCAAGAGGUGCAGUGCUUCCAUGAAAAGACGGGCCCCAACGAGGACGUCAUCGGCAUUGGCGUCUUGGCGCAGGGCCGCGGGCGCCUGGCCACGUUGACGGCACAUUUCGAUGCCAUCUCUCGCACGGCCUGGCAGGGUGGCCUAAGGAAGGCGGCCUGGAAGGAGCCCUUGAGCCACUGGUUGCCAUUAUUCAUCCAUGAGCAGCACUCUAGGGCUGCCGCCGAACUUCUCUCGGAAUGUUUGCGCUCGUUGGCCGAUUCUUGCAGUCAAGAGCAAGACUCCCACAUUCCUCCAUUAGUUUUCCAAACGUUGGAGGGCAGAGCACCUGCUGCUGUGGAUGCCAUCGUAGCUUUUCCGGAGAUGAUGCACCAAUUGAUGAAGCAGGUUUUGUACGGUGAUCGUCAUGCUUCCCUUAAGCUCUUGAAGGGUUACUUUGUGAUGCACCGACUGUUCCUGCACUGCUGCGAUCAGUGGCCAGAAAUUCGGGUGGCAGCUGACUUGGCCUUGCAGCAAUUUCUCAGGUCUGAGGAGGGUCGCACCAAGCAAUCCACGCCUUGGUUGGCUUAUAUUUUGCAACUGCUGACCAUCUCAAAUGUGGGAUGGGAUGAUGUGAAGAAACCGUUCCUGGAGGAAGCUUUGGCCCGCGAGGUUCAGUUCAUCUUGCCUCGCUAUCCCAAAUAUUGCCCCACCCUGCCAGAGGAAGAGACACAGGCGGCGCCGGAACUUCCCAGCGAGUGGACCAUCACGGAUCAGAUCCCCGGCUCGGACCAGCUGUCGGCCUCCAGGGCCACGGAACUCUCACGACACAGCAUUCGUGGAGCAGAGCGUGGAUGGACCUGCAUCUCUGGGGUGGCUCGUGGUACAGGAUCCAGCGCAUUCUCUGUGCAGAUUCGCAGCAUGCCAGCGGACAGCGCUAUCCGCAUUGGAUGGGUUUCUGGAGAGGGCGACCUGUUGGUGGGACAAUCUUCAGAAGCAUGGGGCUAUCACGCCUCCCGCAGCUAUGGCCAUUUUGGCUGGAAAGCCCAUGGAGGUCGAUGGACACGCUAUGGCCCACCCUUUGAAGAGGGAGACACCAUCACUGCAGUGGUGCAAGAGGGAGAGAUCUCAUUUAUGCGAAAUGGUCAGCCGUUAGGCGUUGCCUUCAAGGUCCAUAGCCAUCAGCUGCCGAAAGACGCCUCUGGCUUUCGUCCAGCGGUGGCAGUGCGUCGAGCUGCGGAAGUUCAUUUGAUAGCUGAAGCUCCAGAGAUGCAGUUGAGCUUCAGCCCCGAAGAGCAAAGGGAUGUGGCGUGGGAUGCCAAUCGCCGUGGCAACACUCUGAUCAUGUUCCAAGUGUUCUUCCUCUCGUUGGUUCGACCGAAGGGUGGCAUGCAAGACUGGUCUGCCCUGAAAGAGGAGUACGACAAGCGCUACGGCUUUCCAGCGCCGGAGAUGUCAGCAGCUCUCUUCGAAAUGUUCAGUGAAGUCCAUCAGAUUCGCGAGCUGCCUGGACACGUUGCGUGGCGAAAAUUCCUAGACCUCAUUGGCUUUCCAGACCUUGGAACGGAGGAGCUUCAGGUACUGCUGCGCCAGGGCUACGAACGUGCCAAGACGAUGGGCUACAAGCAGGGCCACAAGUGGCUGUGGCGCUUCAUGCGGCGCCGCGACUUUGGCCGAUUUGAGGCCUGUUUGGAUGCCAUGCAAAAUCGAGGCAUUGCCUUCGACGAGGUGACCUACAACUUUGCCAUGUACGGUGUACUCUUGAAUAAGAAGCAAGAUGAUGAGCUCGCUCGGCAGGUCCUUCUGGACAUGGAAGAAGAGGGGCGCUUUCACCCCGCACUACUCAGACUCCAGCGAGGUUUCUUGGAGUCCUACUUCGAGUUGAAGGCGGUGGAGGCUACCCCGAAUCGUUGGAACUUACUGAAGGUGACGCGAACCUUCUGGCAGAUCUCUGUGAAUUUUAAACGGAAGCGUGUCAAAGAUACACGUGCUGGGCUGGCAGCAGGGAACAAUCCAAAUCCUGGCGUCGCAGCGCCACUGGGGUCCAACCCUUUCGCCCCUGCGCCUGUGGGACAAGCUGCUGGCGCUGGCGCUGGCGCUGCGCGGGCUGGGGUGCCGGAUGAAGCAGCCACGGGUCCCAUGUUGGGCAAAGGUUCGGAGCUGGAGAAGGUCUACUACAUGCCGCACAACAUGGGUCACAAUGAUGGUGUGAACUGCAUGAUCAUGGCAGAGGGGAAGAUUUUCUCUGGCGGCCGUGAUGAAAAUCUGUUUGUGUGGCGGCCCGAGCGCAGUCCUUCAGGGGAGAUGCAGUUGGUACAGGACUGCCCUGAGAUUCGCUUGGGCUCCAGUAUCACUUCUCUCUGCUACGAGGCGUCCUCCACAUGGCUCUUCUGUGGCCUUUGGAGUGGGGCCAUCCGAGCUUUCUGCAAGCAACCCGUAAAGGAUGAGCAGCUCCUAGGACACAAACGAUCAGUGACCUGCCUCCAGGUUCACAGUUCCGUUCUGAUCUCCGGCUCCAACGAAGGCACCGUGCGGCUCUGGACCAUUGGUCCCACCGGAAGCUUCCAAUGCCAUGGACAGCCGCUCACCAAUCCUUCGGGUCCUGUGAAUUGCCUGCGGGUCUUCAACGGGGCCUUGUGGGUCGGUGGCCAGCAGGGUAUCACCUGCUUUGAUUUGGAGUCUCUACAAGCGCGGGGGACCAUCGCCUCGCAGCAUCCAAUUACAGGACUGCUGCAGUUUGAGAAUUUCAUGAUCGCUACCUUUCGCAAUGGCGAAGUGAGCAUUUAUGAUGCCUCAGGGGCACAGAUCUUCAACCGCCAACCGAUGGGAGAGCACACCUCUAAUACUGCAGUGCAGCUGAUGAUGCACCCAGUGGCCAACAAGCCGAUGCUGCUGUGUGGCCAGACCUUGGGCUACAUCACUGCGUAUGACUUGCCGGAGUUUCGACCUCGCGGUAGUUUUUGCUGCAAGGACAGAUCAGAUGUGAAAGCCAUCGUGGAUGCUCAAAGUGAGGGACUUUUCCUCACCGCUGGCCUCCACGGCGAUAUCAUCAUUUGGCGGUGGACCCAGGGUGGCCCCCAGACUUCUGUGAGCCCCUUUGCGCCGUCCCCCUUUGGUGCUCCUGGCGGGAUGCCUGGAAUGCCCGCAACGGCUCAACCUUGCGGGGGGAUGAUGAUGUAA